AUAAUACCAGUACGGUCAUGUUUCACUUCCGGUUGAAAGAAUUCACGGAAAUGACUGCUGUUUAAAAUAGUAACCGGAGGAAAAGAUCCAACUACUAAAAGCAGUACAAGAAAAUGGGCUUAUUAUCGGAUCCAAAUCGCAGGCAGGCCCUGUCAAAGCUUAUUACUAGGCUUAACACACCAAUAUGCUUCCUGUGUUACAUUGCUGGUGUGGCUUGGUUUAUGGGUCUUGCAUUUCAGCCUUUCACUCUGCGCACCCACAUCUCUGAGAAUGCUAUGGGCUCCACCAUGGUGGAAGAGAAAUUUGUGUUUGGUGAUCGAGCAAUUUCUUAUGCCAGAGAUUUUGCAGGACAGAAGAAGAAAUCUGGUGGGAUGCCUGUUGACUGGCUAGUGAAGAUGAUGAAGAGCAUUGGUCUGGAGGUUUACAAGCAGACUUUCUAUCGGACAUUGCCUUUCCCUGAUGAGACUCGAGAGAGAUAUAUGGUGAAAGGUACAAAUGUGUAUGGGAUACUACGGGCUCCACGAGCUGCAAGCACUGAAUCCAUUGUUCUGAGCGCACCCUGCAGUGAGGGACAAAGCAAUAACCAGGCAGUGGGGCUGAUGCUUGCCCUUGCAUCUUACUUUAGAGGCCAGAUUUAUUGGGCAAAAGACAUCAUCUUCCUUUUAACAGAGCAUGACCUGAUUGGGAUGGAGGCAUGGUUGGAGGCAUAUCAUGAUGUCAACAUAACAGGGAUCACAUCAUCAAUAAUGCAAGGUCGUGCAGGUGCAAUCCAGGCAGCUGUUUCCCUGGAACUCAGCAGUGAUGUCAUCACCAGUUUUGACAUUGCAGUGGAAGGCUUAAAUGGACAGCUUCCCAACUUGGACCUGGUUAACCUGUUCUCUGCUUUCUGCCAAAGGAAUGGAAUGUUGUGUACUAUUCAAGGAAAGCUGCAGCGUGAUGACUGGGAAAGCCUUCCAGGAUAUGUACACAAUCUGCAGACCAUGAUGUUGAUGGUACUGAAGCAAGGGUCUGGGAGGCCACAGGGUGAUCAUGGCCUCUUUCUUCGCUACCAUAUCGAAGCCAUCACCAUUCGUGGAAUCAACAGUUUCCGGCAAUACAAGUUUGAUAUGAGUACUAUUGGAAAAAUGCUGGAGGGUAUGUUCCGGAAGCUCAACAACCUGCUUGAGAGGCUCCACCAAUCUUAUUUCUUCUAUUUGCUACCUUCCCUCUCGCACUUUGUGUCCAUUGGAUAUUACAUGCCUGCCUUUGGGUUUUUGGUCUUCAUUUUAGUGUUGAAAGCCCUAGAUUUAUGGAUCACACUUACUAAGUCUGAAGCUGUCACUCAGGAUGGUCUGUUGGAGGAAGAUGAUGAGGAAGAUGACCAAGAAGAAGAAGAAGAAGAAGAAGAAGAAAAGCAGUUGGAUAAAAAUCCUGGUCUGUUGUCUCUUGUGGCUCCCAUUGUGAUCUGCCAUGCUACUGGCUUAGCCCUUUACUACCUGCCUGUCAUGUGCCAAAAGACCGCUACAGAACACUUUCCUGUUUCAGAGACGGAGGCUGUAGUCCUGACUGCUAUAGCCAUAUAUGUGGCUGGUUUAGCACUUCCUCACAAUACUCACAGAAUUCUAACUGGAGCUGGAACAGACCGAGGCUGGAUGACACUAAAGCUGAUUUCUCUCCUUUACCUAGCUAUACUGCUUGGGUGUAUCUCAUUGAUUAACUUCUCCUUGGGUUUUCUGCUAGCUGUGACAAUAAUUCCUGCAGCAGCUGUUGUUCAACCCACAGGACCCAAAGUCCUCUUUGCUGCCCUUCUAAUCUUGGUGACACCAGCCAUGCUACUACUGUACUGCAUCUACCUCUACCAUGAGAUGGUAGAAUACCCCAUUGGAUUGCUAGACUGCUGGCAGCACUUCCUGCAGGCCAUUUCAGAAGGAUUGCUUGACCACUACCUCUAUGGCUCACUUAUUUUCCCCUUUAUUGCCAUUUUUGUGUAUCCUUGCUGGCUGAUGCUUUGGAAUAUAAUUUUCUGGAAAUAGAGGGCACCUAGGUAGUGCCUUCCAAAAAUGGAAUUUCUGUUUUGAAACUAGGCUCUGGAAUGUUAUGUGACAGAAGAAAUGGAUGGGGAAACAUUAUCCACGAGGAGCCAAAUAAAGCCUAAAGGAAGAUGAUCAUGAAAAAGUAAAUGCAACUUGUUUGUAUGAGAGGGCAGCAGAAAAGCUAGGGAGUUUAUGAGGGACAGAACAUGAGGCUGUAGAGGCAUGGUUUUAAUUUGAAAAUUUGUAUUAGUGAAAGCACAUUCAAGUGUCUUAGCAUGUUUCCAGAUGUAUUCAGUAAACUGAUAAUGAGGAACCACUUUAUAAACAGAGGGAAUAUAUUGAUGGUAGCUGGGAGAUUACUUGGCUUUGUGUCAGUAAAACGGUUUGCUUUCAUCUUAACAAUCUGUAAUAAACAUACAAACGUCAGUGUAACAUCUCUGUCA